AUGGAGCCGGCCCGGGAGCCCCCGGCGCGGGAGCCCCCGGCGCGGGUCCGGCCGCCGCCGCCCCCAGCCGCUCGCCCGGCGCCCGCAGCGCCGCGGCCCCGAUCCCCGGCGGAGGCGGAGGCCCGCGGCGCGGAGGGGCUGCUGCGGCGAUCGGGCUCCGGCUACGAGGGCAGCACCAGCUGGAAGGCGGCCCUGGAGGACACCACCACCCGUCUCCUGCUGGGGGCCAUCGCCGUGCUUCUGUUCGCCAUCCUGGUGGUGAUGAGCAUCUUGGCUUCCAAGGGCUGCAUCAAGUGUGAAGCGCCCUGCCCGGAGGACUGGCUGCUCUACGGGAGGAAGUGCUACUACUUCUCCGAGGACCCGCGAGACUGGAACACGGGCAGGCAGUUCUGCCACACCCACGAGGCCUCGCUGGCCGUGAUUCAGAGCCAGAAGGAGCUGGAAUUCAUGUACAAGUUCACGCGGAGGGAGCCCUGGAUUGGCCUGCGCAGGGUCGGGGACGAAUUCCACUGGGUCAGCGGGGAGCCCUUCGACCCGGACACAUACCACAUCGCGGGCCUGGGGGAGUGCGUGUUCGUGGAGCCCACCAGGCUGGUGUCGACGGAGUGCCUGAUGACCCGGCCCUGGGUCUGCAGCAAGAUGGCCUACACAUGAGGGCCCAGCUCGCAGCCUCCCUGGGACGCCCCCUGGAGACCAGCGGCCCUCGGUGACCACUCCCUUCCCCAGCACCUCCGGCACUUAACACUGGGCCUCUCACACAGCCCGUUGGUCGUCUUGUCGUCUGUGGCUCAUCAAUUCCUGUCAUUUGACCGCCCCCCCCCCCGUUCAUUGGAUUAGAACCCCCCCCCCCGGGGGAGCAGGGAUUGCGCGUUGUGGGGGCACAUAGCACGCACUAAAAGAUCAUUGUGCGCGAUGACAAGAUGGUAGCCAUGAACUGUUUGCCUCAGUGGGAGAGAGAGGCUGCCAUCCUCAGAAGACUUGUUUUUCUGGCCUUGAUGGGUGUGGCCCCAUUUUUAGAGGCGCAGCAAAGAUGAACUCUUUAAUUUGUUCUGCUUCAAUUCCACGGCUCAUGCACACCCUGGCCCGAGCGGGGGUGGCCCAGAAGUUCAGGGGCGAUGAGGGGGCCCUGCCUCAGUCUCCAAAGUGUCCAUUGGAUCCUACACACGGCCCAGCUGGUGAGGAGAUGGGCUGUGUGUGCGUGGGGGCCAGGUUCAGGGAGGGGUUCCAUCAGUGAAUGGCGCUGGCCACCGAAGGCCCCGGGACACCAAGCCAGUCCUGCUGUGUUGUCCUGUGACAGCCAGGACAGCAGGAGGUGCAGGGGAAGCAGGCAGCCGUCUCUUUCCUCUUCCUGGUCUGCAGCCGGCUCCAACCUGGGAGUCAGUGUGAGGUUGGAGCGGGUAUCCGGGAAGCCCCCUGCCACAGCCACACAGACCCCUCCGCUCCUAAUGCAGCCUGGGGUGGACACGCACUGGGCCUGGCUCCGAAGGCCGGCCCCGGUCCAGUCGGGGCCAGCUCUUCCAAUAAGCAGUGGCGUAGCUCAGGCUGCUGUGCUGAACCCCUCUGACACCUGGCUUCACCUCUAAAAAGUAGAAAUCACGCUGGCUUUGCUGACCUGACAGGGAUUUGAGACUUGUAGCUGUUAGAAUUUCAGGGGCUGGAAAUGGUCCACCUCAUUCUCACUGACCAUGAGGCCCAGAGAGGUUAAGUGACACGUCCAAGAUCACACAGAUAGUGGCAGAACGAGAACUCAGGUCUUGUGGCUCUUCUAUUUCCUGUUUAUUCUCUUAUUACUGUAUAUAUCAUGCUUUGUUUAUGUGUUUCCUUGUUCGCCGUCCAUGUGGAAAUCAACCUCCCUGAGGGUAGGGAUCCCCUUGCACAUUUUGGUUUCUCUAGCGCCUGGUACAUACAGAAGGUGCUCAAUAAAUGUGUGUUGAACUAAACUGAUCUUGACUCUUAGUUCAAGUGCUCUUUCCUCUGCAUCAUGCUCUCUCUGGUCCUGGAAACCUGCAUUUCCGGUUCAGCUGCCCACAAACUAUGAAAAGUUUCAGAUUAAAAAAUAUAUAUUUAUUUAUUUUUCGAGGAAGGGAAGGAGAAAGAGGGAGAGAAACAUCAAUGUGUGGUUGUCUCUCACGCCCCCUACUGGGGGCCUGGCCCACAACCCAGGCAUGUGCUGUGACUGGGAAUCGAAUUGGCGACCUUUUGGUUUGCAGGCAGGAGCUCAAUCCACGGAGCCACACCAGCCAGGGAUCUUCCAGAUGUUUUUGAGGAAAAAAAUAAGCAAGAUGCUCAUCCCUCCUUGUGACAUCCAUUCAGGUCCUGAAUCUAGAGCACAGGCCUAUUUGGGUAAAUACAUACACUUCUAAAACAAAGUGGAAUAACAGUAACAGUUAACGCUAAUUAAGAGCUCGUCAGGGCCAGGCACUGUGCUAUGUGUCCCACCCACGAAGGGCUCACUUUGCACUGUGCCUGGUCCAUUGUAAGCACUUAAUAAAAAAACGUGUUCUCAGAGGCCUUAUUUCUUAUGUAUACAGUGUGCUUGAGAUUCAGACAAUGCUCCAGGAAACCUGUCUGCCAUAUAUUUCCUUAGCAUUGCAUGAUGCUUCUCUCCAAAUUGACCAGUCACGACUGGGGGUGGGGGGACAAUACGGAGAAGGGUGUACUGCUUCUCAAAAGCUUCAUCCGAGGAAUGACUCAUGUCAUUUUUCCGUGGUUAAAGCAAGUCACUGAACACCUAACCUCAAAGAGAUCAGGAAAUGCAAUACUUCCACUUGCCAGAAGGAAAAGAAAGCAAAAAAGUCUUGGUGCAUGGCAGUCCUGGCUACUGUUAGAGUCGAGGAGGAAAUAAGUUGUUUGUGCUAAGCUGUUUGCUCACUCAAGCCUGAGUAGAAACCGCACCCACCCCCAGGCAGGUGUUUCAGAGAGUUAGGAAUUGGUCAAAACGUAUAGAGGGCUUCCAUGUGUCAGGAGUUGUUGUUAAGUGCUUCACGCCUGAGCUCGUUUAGCCUAUCGCUAACUGCCACCUUUGCUUCUGGAAACCCGCGUGCUUGCCCACUUCUAUAAAAACCCUAGCCUGUAAGCGUUAGGCGAGACUCUCACUUGCAGCCAUUUUGGCGCCGUGUCCCCGGACACCGCGAGAGUUCGCCCCUGCGCAGGUAAAACUUUGAAACGUUGGCCAAUAAAACAUCUUUGACUGCC